UCGGCUGCGGGUCCAAUGUCGCGUUCCUGUUCCUUGAAGCUGCGCUCUGCCGUGGGUCCUGCGCUCGAUCCCUUGCAGCAGAGCAGUUUGGACUGCGAAGUUUGGAAUUUGGAAGUCUCAUCUACGAAGAUCUCCAACAGCCAAAUCGGACUGUUUCAUCGGUGAUAUCUGCUGACCGACCUGUCCUUCACGCCACGUCUCCCCCCUCUGCUUCGCUCCUUUGGCUUCAGAUGUGGUCCGUUCCUUCCACCAUCCACACGCCAUCUUUUAAGAACGCCUUGCCUGCUUGCACGAUCUCUAAAGAUCUUGUCUUCCGAUGUUUGGAUCCGCCUAAAUCUAUCGUCUUUACGUGGCAUGCAUUGGUAGUUGCCGACUGGAGAUCCUAGCCUCUUGUUCGUGUAACCAGAAGGAUGGACAAGUAUGUGAUCUCAGUAAAUCCAGGGAUUGUUGAACCUAAAGGAGGAACGAGAAGAUAUUCAACUGGUGGAAUGAUUGUUAGAGGUUCAGUGUCUCCUUCGAACGGUGAUGAAAAAUCUCUCCCUCAUUACCUCAGAGCACCUAAAAGCUCUUGUCAUGAUUAUUGCAAGUAUGGAAGGACGCAUGAUUUUGAAGCUAAGACUAAGGAACCAGUUCUUCAUAAGUUGGGUAAAAAAUCGCACCAUGAAGAUUCAUAUCAGAUGAACUACUCAAAUUCAGAAGGCAGAAGAAAGAGUCCUGCUAUUAAGAUGAAAUCAUCAUCCCAAGUUAAACCAAAAGUCACCAAGCAGAAAGCUUUGCCACAAUUGAAGGAAUCCAGAUUGGUGGAGGAACCAGUCAGCUUAAGUUUGCAGUGUCCAUCAGCGUCCCAUAAAAGCAACACGGCUGUUGAUCAGGUAACUCUUUCAAGGUCCUUGGAGAAUGAGCAGAUAAAAAAUUCAGUAAUUAAUAAAAAAAGUGAACCAAAGAUUUCAUCUCACACAAAAGAUUUGUGUCACAAGCCUAAGUUUGCUGAUCAGCAUCCAUCUCCAGUCUAUGAAAAUGAAGCACAUCCUAUUGUAGCAAAGAUUCUUAAGAAAACACCGACAAGAAGCAAAACUAAACCUGUUAUGCACCAAAGAUUUAAGCAAAGGCCUUUGGUGCCAUCCAAGGUGGUAGAUACUUCUUUGAAGCCUGCAAAGCCGCUGAAGACAAAUAAGACUCCAGCAGCACGGCUUGAAUCUCCACUGACUGCUUCACUGGGCUUAAAUGAUAGCAGAAAUGAGGGAUGCAAGGUAAGUAACAGUCAAGGAAAGAUGAAGAUGGUAGAAAAGAAAAUAUUGAAACCACAAGUGCCUUCUCUAUCUGCUAAGCCUGCUGACGAUGGUGUCUUGAGCUUGAAGUCUAGGACAUAUCGCCAUCGGAAGAAGCAAACUAUCAUGAAGAACCAAGAAACUGGAAUGGCCAAACCUGAUAAAGAAAAUGAUGAGGAAAAAGCAAUUUAUGUUAUUGAGGCAAAAGCAGAGAGUGUUGGCUCAGAUGGCUCACAACUGAUAUUGCCGAAUGUGGAAAAUGUGAAUUUUGUUACCACGACACAGGAAUCCUGGAAGCCAGAGAAUGACAAUCUAGAUUCUGUACAGCAUAAUUCUCCAAAAUCAAAAUGUGUUGACUUGUAUUUCCCGGAGCAAAAAUCACCAAAGGCAGAGACUGUUGAUUUGAAUUGCCUUCAUCAGAUACUUAAAGAUGAUCGGUCAUCCCAAUCUGUGUCAUCUGAUAAGGAAGACACUGAAGAAUCUGAGUCUUCUUGUACUGAAUCAACUGGAUCGGAGUCUGAAACUGAGGAAAUAAAAAGCAGCAGCGACAGUAAAUCUUUAAUGUCUGAAAUGAGGCCAAAACAACCUCCUAGUUUUGAUCCCGAAGACAACCAUUCCUUGCCUUACAAGUUAAGGUUCAGAAGAGGUAAAGUUAUUGAGAGCCAACCUGAAAGCAAUGGCCCAAGAAGGCUUACAUUCCGAAGAGGGAGAGUUGUGGCCGUGAAUGGUAAUGGUGGUCAUGUCAGAAGGAAAAGCUUUCGGAGGAUUGUAAUUGAUGAUGAAGCUCUGAAGGAUCCUGAUCAUGAAGCUCCAACCAUUGUGCUGAGACAUCAAGAUAUGCAAGAGAAGAAAGACGCCCAAGGUCUAUUCAAUAACGUGAUCAAAGAAACUGCAAGCAAACUUGUUGAGAGCAGAAAGAGCAAGGUGAAAGCUCUGGUGGGUGCUUUUGAGACUGUGAUCUCUCUCCAAGACAAGAAACCAGCAUCUGCAAUAUGAGUCUUCAGUUGAAGGGCCUUUCUUUUUUGUUGUUUCUAAUUAGCUGCUCGUCAUGAAAGCGCAAAGUCUAUGUUGUUGGCCAUAACUAAGUGUUGAGAGCUUUCCUCGGGAAGAAAAUGUAUAUCAUAACAUGGUUUCACUAAUAUAUAUAUAUAUAUGAAGUGUGGUGACAUUUA